UCCCACUUGGUACUAAACCCCUGGACCCAGUGAAUUUUAAUCAACAUCCAAUGCACAAUGGAUGCAUGGAUGUCUCCGGUAGAAGUGAAAAAUUUUACCCGAUCAUUAAGAGCUUCAGGAAGUUUAGCUGAAGAAUCCAUAGUUGUUUGAGUUCCAAUUUAUUUUAAUAAUGUUUUAUUUUAUCAACAUUUACAGAAAUUUAUUAGUUUUGAACUCUUAAUGUACGAUAUGAUGAAUUGCUCUUAUACAUCAAAAUUGCUAGUAAGUACAAUAACAGUAGAAAACAAAGGGGUAAUUAAAAGGAAAUAGGAUCCUUUGUCGUAAAUGUUGAGGCCUGUUGUAGCCAGUUUAUUUAUUAUUUUUUGUUAGCCAUACUUCCAAAUUAUUUUUGACGUACCAAUGGUAUGUAUAGCCUACUGUUAUCUUGGCAGUGUUGUAGAGGAAUCUGCAAAAACGUCCUUAGAUACCAUUUGCAAAGUACCUUGAAAGAAACACUGACGCUACUAUUCAUUCGUAGCAUAUUGAUUGUUAUUCUAAACAAGGUUACGUUCAAAUUGUAUCUGUACUUUUUGGCCUUUUGGCUCUAAAUUGUAAUUUUUGAUAUGUAGCAAUCACAGGAUAACUCAUAUAUAGUUUUACUAAAUCUCUAAAUAAUUAACAAACAACAAUAAAUGAACACUUCAGUAUCUUACAUUUUUGGGCAUGUCUCAUAAUUAUGAAACUAUUACGAAGGAUUCAUGUAAAAAUUACAAAUAAAGCAAGUCUUUGAUUGGUUCACUGCCUUUUGAAGGCUGUAACAGAUGAAUCAUAAAAUUAAACAAUUGGCUAAAGAAAAUGUAACUUUGUUGUGGCUAAAUUUCAGUAGGUAAACCUUUCAGGUGCAAACACCAAACAAAGUCAUAGAGUUAAACUUUUCGGAAUGUUUACAAAAUAAGGCCUGUUGCCAAAAAUAACGUAGACCUAUUAAGGACAAUAAUUUAAAAAAAGUAAUUCAAAAGUCCAGAUAGAGUAGGUUAUGGUCUAACAGCUCCAUUGAGCUUACUGAUUGCCAGUAGCAUGAAUAUCUGUAUUCACAAUGCUGGUAGCGUAAUUUCUCUCUAAAUCAUAAUUUAUUGUUUACCUUUAUUAAUGAAAAUAAUUUAAUUAAUUCUAUCCGAAAAAUAAGAAGGAUCUAAGUAGAUUUCAAAUAUAUAUUAAUGUUGCCAAUGCUCUUCUGCGUUUACAACCCAUAAUAAUGCCAUUUGGGCAAAAGUACUUAAUAUAAUUUAAGUGCCCUCGAAGGAAGACAAGAAUAAGCUAGGGAAAAACAUGAAGCAGGCCUUCUCUGUCUUACUGUGAACUUUUGGCCCAACAGCCAUUAUUUUCCCAAGGAUGGGAGCCAGCAGUAAAUAUCCUGACAAGUAACAAAUUACUGUGGGCGUCAUAUUGUUAGCGUCUCUUGUCCUCCAUGUACCAACAAGUAAAUAAAUGCUAGAUACUUGUGGCCUUCCAUUGAAAGCACGCCUUCCUAGUCUUGUGCUGACAUCUAAUAAUUACCCUUUUAGAAUUUGCUAAGCGAAAUGCAGUAACUUCUCCGUAACAGAAUAACGAAACGAACUAUUCUAGAGUUAUCCAUGUGAAUGCUAUUGAAUGCCACAGAAAUAUGCAUAUUCCUUUCGCUAAACAGUUGUGUUUUUGUUCCAUUUUUUUUUUUAAAUCUUAUUUUCGAUGCUAAAAUCUAGAAUCAUUGUCUUAUGCAUGGCCAUUAUUUACGUAUGCAUUUUUUCGCGGUGGAUACCAGAAGGCAAGCUGUCCGCCUAACUUCAUUUCUGUAACAGAUCAGUUUAUUGAUUUAAUUAGAAUAAUCCAGACCCGACUCAGAAAAUCCAGACGGCAAUUUUGUGUAAUUUUGUCUAACAACAUAUUUUUUUGUUAUAAACCUCCACCCCAUAUACAGCAUUACCCUCCGUAAUAAAAAGUAACUAUGAUUCAGUGAUUUAGUUCACUGAUCAUGCGAGAGUCCACUAAGUGUGACUACACGUGCUCUAAAAAGCAUACUAUGGUUUUAGAACGGUAUCUCAAAUAUCAGUUUGAUAAAAAUGUUCCAAAAUAGCAAGGAAAAGUUUUCAAACGUGGGGAAAAGAGAAAAAUAGACAUUAGGUACUUUCUUUCUCACACUCGCGGUAAUAGAAGCCUUUGAAGGAAGGUUUGACGUGUGCGUGUUGUUAUCAGAUUGAUGGGCUGGGUUUGAUUGAAGUGUCUUUGUCAUGCAAAUGUAAAGCGUUUGAUGGAUGAUCGCCGCGCGCUGACAAACUGUUUCUCGUGCUUUCCCAUUGGCGCAUUCCGAGUCACAUGAUUUGCCACCGAGAAGAUAUGUGUUUUAGGAAGCCCAGGCCAACUCAUGGUGGAAGGAGUUUUACAGCUUUGACAUACUAUCUAAAGGUUGUAGGGCAGGGCAUAUACCGUAAAACGUAGUCCGAUCCUCCUUCAUCACUUGCGUCUGGACAAUACCAAAAUGAACUCUUUCCUAGAGUAUACAAUUUGUAACCGUGGGACAAACGCCUACUCACCCAAACCAGGAUACCAUCAUUUGGAGCAAGGAAAUGGAGCAACGUUCUCUCACAGUGCAGGUACAACAAGUGACAACUAUAAUGCUGAUGGGCGUUUUUUUGUGGGUAGUAGCCCGCCGGCUGCUGCUGCUCAACAUCAGCACCAGAACACGGCCUAUACUCAUCACCAACAGCUGCAUCUUAGCAACGCGGGCCUAUCGUAUCCUGGUUCAGGAGGGGGCACGUAUGGGUCGCAGAUGUGCUCGAAUUCGGACUAUGGACAUCAUCAAUAUUUCAUCAACCAAGAGCAGGAGGGAAUGUAUUUCCAAAGCUCUGGCUUUUCUGCUCCGAACAUUGCUCCCAACCUUGCUCCCCUUGGGUACUGCGGACAGCCUGGGUCUAUGCCUACCAGUGGCUAUCAACACGGAUGUGGUAGUCAGGAACACCAACAAAGUUACUUACAGGGCGCCUACCCAAACGUGUCGUCUUCUCAGAGUGGAGAGAAAGAUCUAAGUUGCCACCCAGAGUCACUUCCAUCUGGAAAGACGUUCGACUGGAUGAAAGUUAAGAGGAACCCCCCUAAAACAGCUAAACUCACAGAUUUUGGCAUCCACGGUCCCCAAAAUUCGAUCCGGACCAAUUUUACCACCAAGCAGCUCACCGAGCUGGAGAAGGAGUUUCACUUCAGCAAGUACCUGACCAGGGCCCGUCGUGUGGAGAUCGCUGCAACUCUCGAGUUGAACGAAACCCAAGUGAAAAUUUGGUUUCAGAACCGUAGAAUGAAACAGAAGAAACGAGAGAAAGAAAGACUGAUUCCAGCCGUUAGUUCGUCAAAAGAUCUCGCAGACAACUCGGACCACUCCAUUUCCUCUUCUCCUGAUGGAUCUCCCAGCUCCGAGAACUAAAUGUUUCAUUACUAACACUGCACUGCUGAUUAUAAACUAAGCUUUUAAACAUUCCGUUAAGGUAGUUGCAGUGUUCUAUAAACGGUGCAAGGCAGGACUUAAAAAACUGCGAAUUUAACGUCUGUAAUUAAAUUCAGAUUAUUCUUAAGGAAAUCAAAGAGACUGUAAAUGAAAAAAGAUAGCAAGCACACCCACUGUUUUCUAAAGUUCAGCCAGUUCCUUGGCUUUUUUUGCCUUUCGAAUGAUCUGAAGCCGAGGAUAUUGGUUGCAUUUUAUGACACUCUCAGGAUUACCUCAGGAGAACUGUUUUUCACACCCAUAUUGGGACGCACUUUCGCAUGUUUACAAACCUGAUAACAGUGAUAAUAGUUGGUAUUACUGUUACUGAUUUUAACAUUUCUAGUACACUGGUUACAAAACUUUUAUUCAAUUCCUUGAAAUAUAAUGUCUCAUUUUAAGUGAUUUUUCCCUCUAUAGCUAUAUUUUUUAAAAGAAAUCGUUGCUGCGUGUAUUCUACAGGAUAUAGCGCCUUAAAUGUCCAGUAGGGCAGAAUGGUACUGGGAUAUUGACUUUUUGCACUAUAUGGUUAACAGGGUAUUUCUUACCAUACGAGGAGCGAAUGUAUCUCAGAACAGAUUCAAUAUUUUCAUUUUUUUUGUUUAGUAAACUUUAUAGAGUUAGUUAACAACCUGUAAGCUGACUUUCCGGUAGAAUGAAUCAGUAAAUGCGAUAUAAAGUUAUCGAUUAAUUUUUGAAAUAGAAGUGGUAUGUGAUUACAGACAUAAUUUGACUGACAAAUGACAGCUUGAAUGAGUAUUUAUUUAAUUUAAUGUGAAGGUGUCAUGUGAAUAAAAAUACUGCUCCAAA